AUGCCUCAACAAAAAACACGUACUCAUGCUACACGAGCAUGUGAAUCUUGUAAAGAGAAGCAUGAAAAAUGUGAAAGACUUUCUGAAACUCCACACCCUUACGAAAUUGACUCUUACGAAACUACAACUACUGAAGCAUCCCCAACUACUUCUAUUGACCAAUCCUUUUAA